UCCUUCAGCUCUCGGUUUUUCUUCCGUUAUUUACUGUAUUCAAACACUUCAUGAUGUCCUAUUUGUUACUCUCUCUGUCAUAUCUCUUUACUAGGACAACCUAGGUCAGUACCUGACUAGCUGAGUUCCUCCAGCAUUUUGUAUGUUUGUCAGUGCUCUAUCACAAAUGUUCUCUUUCCACCGCAUCCCCUGAUCACCACUUUAAGAACGUUUUUCUUAGUGUUCUUCUGUUUUGCUGAACGGUUACUGAUUUGAACCAUUGACUUGAACCAUUUUCUCUCUCCACGGAAGCAGUCUGACAUGCUGAAUGUCUCCAGCACUUAUUUUUUGGUUUUUGCUCAGGAUUUCUGUGUCCCUUUUUUUGGAUGUAAUUUUGUGGUUACCUCAAUUGGUUGUUCACCAUUAGCAAGCUCAAGUAGAAAAUUGAUAGACUCCAUUUGUCGAAAAUCAAUUGAACAAAAAUACAUGUGCUAUUCUGGAUCUUACCGCUUGUGUCUUCUUGACUUUGAACUCUUCAGCACCGACAGCUGCUCAGUGGUACAUGGAAUGAAAUGGAUUGACAAAAGAGCUAAAAGUGACAAGCAAAAAAAGCAGUGAGUUAAUAUAUGGAAUAUGCUGUAGUAGUGGAAGUUCCUUAAGGUUGUCAUAGCCGGUGGAGGUGAGGGGUAUGGUGGUUAGUGGGGAUAAACUCCCACUAUCUGCAGGUACAGCAGGCAGUGAAGAAAGCUAAUGGCAUGUUUGCCUUCAUAACAAGGGAAGCUGAGUAUAGAAGCAAAGAGGUCCUUCUGCAGGUGUCCAGGGCUCUGGUGAGGCCACACCUGGAGUAUUGUGUGCAGUUUUGGUCUCCAAAUUUGAGGAAGGACAUUCUUGCUAUUGAGGGAGUGCAGCGUAGGUUCAUGGGGUUAAUUCCUGGGAUGGCAGGACUGUCAUAUGUUGAAAGAUUGGAGAGACUGGGCUUGUAUACACUGGAAUUUAGAAGGAUGAGAGGGGAUCUGAUUGAAACAUCUAAGAUUGUUAAGGGAUUGGACAUGCUAGAGGCAGGAAGCAUGUUCCUGAUUUUGGGGGAGUCCAGAACCAGAUGCCACAAUUUAAGAAUAAGGGUAGUCCAUUUGGAACAGAGUUGAGGAAAAACUUUUUCACCCAUAGAGUUGUGGAUCUGUGGAAUACUCUGCCUCAGAAGGCAGUGGAGGCCAAUUCUCUGGAUGCUUUCAAGAAAGAGUUAGAUAGAGCUCUUAAAGAUAGUGGAGUCAAGGGAUAAGGGGAGAAGGCAGGAACGGGGUACUGAUUGUGGAUGAUCAGCCAUGAUCACAGUGAAUGGCAGUGCUGACUCGAAGGGCCGAAUGGCCUACUCCUACAACUAUUGUCUGUUGUCUAAAUGCUCCCAAUGCUGUGUGUUUCAAAUAGCCCAUGACAAUCAAGUCCAACUCCUGGCCUUCAUGCUUCAUGUGUAGCUUGGCUACUAAGCCUGGUAGGACCAUUUCUACUGACAGGAGAAGGGCAAAGGCGGGUUACCGGUGCCUUAAAAUUAGUCGCUUUGGGCAGAUGGGGCUUGUCAGCCAUGGUUGAUAGCUCAUCUAGGAGAAGGAGAACUCUGAUAAAUCGGUGCUGCCUUGCAGCUAUAUCCACUCGUAGGGAUGGCUUCAGGAGUAAACCUGGGGAAAAUUCUGGAGCUGGAGUCACUAAGGCAGCCCUACAUUGAGAUCAAUGCUGACUGACAACUUGUGCAAUGCAGCUGGUGCCAAACAGUAUUGGUCUCUGCCAUUCCCUUGGAUUCAUCAGCUGCAUGGAGAGGGGGUAUCUGCUACAUGGGCAACAGCUUGCUCUCCAUAUUGUACUAGCCUAGCUUGCGUAUUGGCUUGAGUAUCGACUUGACCUUGCAACAACAACAAUAUUCAGGAGAGGACACCCCAGCUUUGCCUCAUGGCAUUAACACAACAUGAGAAGCAGCAGUUACCAGUUAUGGCCCACUAUGUUCAAUUGACGCAGUGUGUGGGUGGUGCUAGGGGUUGCUUCCAACGGUGGGGGAGAUGCUUGGAUCUCACUGGACAGCUACUGCCUGUUUUAAGCCGGGCAGCCCCCAGUCAAAAAGGUGCUGUACGACCAUGGUCUGCUUUCCUCACUGGGUGAGUGGGGAUUAGGUAUUAUCUGAACUGCACUCUGAAUGUGCUGCACUGUGCAGGACAACACAAUGAAAGAGACCAGCUCUAAAAUUGGAAUGUUAGAUUGUUUAGAUAAUCAUAACUGGCCUCUGAUACCCUCCAAUCCAUUUGUAAUGUCAGGAAGACAGGUGUAAUAAAAAAGGAGCUCAAAAGACUUCAUGUGGACAUAACCAAACUCCAGGAGAUGCAUCUGGCUGACUCAGGCACACUAAAGGAGAAAGAUUACACCUUUUUUCUGGCAAGGCAAGGGCCCUGAUGAGCCCAGAGAGCAUGGAGUAGACUCUGCAGUGAGGAACACCUUGUUGAAGAUGGUGAAACUAGGCAGCAUUGAAUCUGAGUAACUCCUUAUUCUUCACCUCAACAUCACCAAACAUCCAGUUACACUCUCACCAGUGUGUACGUUUCCACACUGGGCUCCACAUGUUAGGCAAAGAGUAUGUUUUAUGAGAACCUUGCAGCCACCGUAAGGAGUACCCCCAGCAAAGAACAUUUUGUUCUCCUGGGUGUGUUCAGUGCCAGAGGUGGUGCAGAUCAUGACUCAUGGACCUCCUGCCUAGGUCACGAUGUAGGCAAGAUGAGUGAGAGCGGACACCAAUUGCUAGACAUGAGAAAAUCUGCAGAUGCUGGAAAUUCAAGCAACACACACAAAAUGCUGGUGGAAUGCAGCAGGCCAGGCAGCAUCUAUAGGAAGAAGUAUGGUUGACGUUUCGGGCUGAGACCUUUCGCCAAUUGCUAGAGUUCUCCACCUACCAUACUUGAGUAUUAUCAACACAAGGUUUCCUGGAGACACCCUCACUCCAGACACUGGAGGCAGCUAGACUUGAUCCUAGUCAGGUGCUCCUUCAGCAGCAUAGAACAUAGGAUAGUACAGCAUCAGACCACAGUCAAAGAAAUUCCAUCAUACUAAACAAGAAGGAAACUCUUGCACUGAUGUCAGCAAGAUGUCUGGAGUAUUUGCUAAGUCCUUCAAGAAAGAACUGAGUGCCCAGCAGCCUGAAAACACUUUCACAGAGAAAUGGAAGUUUCUGUGGAUUGCCAUCUAUAGCACUGCCUUAGCUAACUGUGGAAAGAAGACCUCAAAAACACACGACUGGUUCAAAGCCACAUCCAACAAGAUGUCCCCCAUCAUUGAAGCCAAAUGUGCUGCCCCAGCUGAGUAUAAGCAUUCACCAGCUGAAAGGAAGGAUGCUAAAAGUUCAGCAGACUGCCAGGUGCUGUGCCAGCAAAUACUAGAUGGAGUUCAGUGAAGACAUCCGGACUGUAACACCAACAAGCAAUAUCGGGGGUAUGUAUUAAGAAAGUAUUUAAGAAAGCCCUCAGCCCAUCUCAGAGCAGGAUGGGUCCCUUCAAAUUCAUCAAUGGGGAAAUAAUUACAGUCAGGGGCAAACAGAUGGAGAAAUGGAUAGAACAUUACUCUGACCUCAACUCCAGAGUGAACACUGUCACCAUCUCAGCCCUGGACUCCUGAGUGCCUGCUGACAAUGGAAGAACUGGAUACAUAGACAACCCCAGAGGAGCUCAGCAAGGCCAUCGUCAGCUUGGCCUCAGGUAAGGCACCAUGUAAUGAUGGGAGUCCCCCAGGCCAGAUCAAACACUGUGUGAUAUGUAUGAUGAUGUGGGCAUCACUGGUAUGUGGCUGAAAGAAGAUUACAGCUGAGAGCUUAACAUCCAAGAAUAAGCAUUGUAUCAAAAGGACAGGCAGGUAGACAGAGGGAAUGGCAUGGUUCUGUUGGUGAAAAAUGAAAUCAAAUCAUUAGAAGGAGGUGAGAUAGGGUUGGAGGGUGUUGAAUUAUUGUGGGUAGAGCUAAGGAACUGCAAGGGUAAGAAGACUCUGAUGGAAGUUAUAUACAGACUCCCAAACAGUAGUAAGGAUGUGAUCUACAAAUUACAAUGGGAGGUAGAAAAUGCAUGCCAAAGAGGACAAUGUUAGAAUAGUCAUGGGGAAUUUCAAUAUGCAGGUAGGUUAGGAAAAUCAGGUUGAUGAUGGAUUCCAGGAGGGGGAUUUUCUAGAAUGCUUAUGAGAUGGCAUUUUAGAACAGCUCAUGGAUGAGCCCACUAGGAGAUCAGCUGUUCUGGAUUGGGUAUUGUGCAAUGAAACAGAAUUGAUUAGAGAGCUUAAGGUGAAGAAACCCUUAGAGGAAAGUGAUCAUAACAUGAUUGAUUUCACCCUGAAAUUUGAGAAGGAAAGCUAAAGUCAGAUGUAUCAGUAUUACAGUGGAGUAAAGGGAAUUAUAGAAGCAGGAGAGAGGAGCUGGCCAAAUUGAUUGGAAAAGGACUGGCAGAGAUUAUGGCAGAGCAGCAAUGGCUGGUAUUUCUAGGAAGCAAUUUGGAAGGCACAGGAUAUAUGCAUCCCAAAGAGGAGGAAGUAUUCUAUAGGCAAGAUGACUCAACUGUGACUAACAUGAGAAGUCAAAGUCAUCAUAAAAGCCAAAGAGAGGGCUAUAAUAGAGCAAAUGUUAGAGAAUUGGGAAGUUUUGAAAAUCAAUGGAAGUCAUCUAAAAAGUCCAUUAAAAAGAAAAGAAGGAAUACGAAAGUAAGCUAACCAGUAAUACUAAAGAGAAUACCAAAAUCAUCUUCAGAGACAUAAAAUACGAAAGGGAGGUGAGAGUGGAUGUUGGACCACUGGAAAACGUUGCUGGAGAUUUAGUAAUUGGGUACAAGGAAAUGGCGAACAAACAUAAGUAUUUUGCAAGAGACUUCACUGUGGAAGACACUAGCAGUAUGGUGGAAGUUCCAGAGUGUAAGGGGCAGAAGUGUGUGACGUUGCCGUUACUAUGGAGAAGGUUCUUGAAACUGAAAGGUCUGAAAGUAGGUAAGUCACCUGGACCAGAUGGUGUACAUCUGGGGUUCUGAAAGAGGUGGCUGAAGAGACUGGAUACAUUAAUAAUGAUGUUUCAAGAAUCACUAGAUUCUGGAAUGGUUCCAGAAGACUGGAAAAUUAUGAAUGUCACGCCACUCUUCAAGAAGGGAGAGAGGCAGAAAAGAGGAAGUUAUAGGCCAGUUGGUCUGACCUCAGUGGUUGGGAAGGUGUUGGAGUCGAUUGCUAAGGAUCUGGUUUUAGGCUAUUUGGAAGAACAUGAUAAAAUAGGUUGUAAUCAGCAUGGUUUCCUCAAGGAAAAAUCUUGCCUGACUAUUGGAAUUAUUUGAAGAAAUAACAAGCAGGAUAGACAAAGGAGAAUUGGUGGAUGUUGUGUACUUGAAUUUUCAGAAGGCCUUUGACAAGGUGCUACGCAUGAGGCUGCUUUACAAGUUAAGAGCCUAUGUAUUAUAGGAAAGAUACUAAGAUGGAUAGAAGAUUGGCUGAUUGGCAGGAGACAAAGAAUGGGAAUAAAGGGAGCCUUUUCUGGUUGGCUGCCAGUGACUAGUGGUGUUCCAUAGGGGUCUGUGUUGGGACCAAUUCUUUUUAUGUUAUAUGUCACUGACUUGGAUGAUGGAAUUGAUGGUUUUGUUGCAAAGUUUGCAGAUUAUAUGAAGAUAAGUGGAAAGUCAGGUAGUUUUGAGGAAGUAGAGAUGCUACUAAAGAAUUUAGACAGAUUAGGAGAAUGGGCAAAAAAGUGGUAGAUGGGGUAGUGUCGGGAAGUGUAUAGUCAUGCACUUUGAUAGAAGAAAUAAAAAGGUAGGCUCUUUUCUAAGUGGAAAGAAAAUUUAAAAAUCAGUUGCAAAGUGAUUUGGGAGUCCUUGUGUAGGAUCCUCUAAAGGUUAGUUUGCAGAUUGAGUCAGUGGUGAGGAAGGCAAAUGCAAUGUUAGCAUUAAUUUCAAGAGGACUAGAAUUCGUUUGCACAGGCAGCUGUGGAGGUCAAUUCUUUAGGUACACUUAAGGCAGAGGUUGAUAGAUUUUCGACUAGACAGGGCAUGAAAGAAUACAGGGAGAAGACAGGAGGUAAGUGGAUCAGCCAUGAUGAAAUGGUGGUCAGAUUUGAGGGCCCAAAUGACCUAAUUCUGCUACUAUAUCUUAUGGAUUACCCUAUUGCAUAUAGUCCUCUGUUACUGCUGGCAGGAGGGAGCUGUAGCACAGCAUAAGAAGGAUGCCAAGGUCAUUACCUUCUACAAAAAUAAAGGUGGGAGAAUUGACCGUAACAACUACAAGGGCAUCUCCCUCUUGAACGUUGUUGGCAAAGAAGUUGGCUGAACCUGUCUAUCUGGAAUCACAGAGUGGCUUCUGUGUUGGAAGGUCAACUAUAAAUUUUCUCUCCACUAGCUCCAGAAUUGUGGAGAACAAAAACAGUUGCUCUACAUUGCGUUUAUUGAUCAAGGCAUUUGACUUGAUCAGCAGAGAUGGGCCCUUUCAGAUCCUCUCUAAGUUAAGCUGCCCCCUAAGACUACAGACCAUGAUCAAAUCCUUCCACAACAACGUGAAAGGGACUGUGCAGUUUAGUGGCAACCCUUGGAGCCCUUUGACAUAAUUAGUAGUGUUAAGCAAGGCUGUGUUCUUGCCCCACGCUCUUUAGGGUCUUCUUUGCCCUUCUGAGGCGUGCAUUUGGCACUGCAGAAGAGGGGAUUUACCUCCGCACUAGAUCGGAUGGCUAGCUUUUUAACCUUGCUUGCCUAAGAUCCAAACCAAAGUGCUCGAGGUUAUGAUCAGUGACAUGCUGUUUGCUGAUGAUGCAGCAGUUGCAACCCAUUCUCCACAACACCCCCGGUUUCUCCCAGGCUGGCAAGCGAUUUGGGCUGACUAUCAUCCUGAAAAAGACAAACAGUUUGGGAAAAGACACAGUCAUAAAUUCAAACGCGGUGUUGUUCAUUAGUUGACAUACUUGGGGUCCAUAAUUACUGAUAACCUCUCCUUCAAUGCAGAAUUUGACAGGCGUAUUGGAAAGGCUGCAUGAACACUUCCCUGCCUCACCAGGAGACAUGAAGAAUUCCAAACUCAGUUAAGCAAAGAUAGCAAUUUACAACACUUGUGUCACCAGCACACUGCUGUACAGCAGUGAGGCCUGGACAUCAUAUGCUAAAUGGGAGAAAAGGCUUGGCACUUUUUAAGGGGACUUUGUCGUAUCUUGAGCAACUGGAGGGACAAAAGUACCCAAUGCUGAGGUUCUCUCAUGCUGGCCUCCCUAGCGUGUACAUUCUGCUCACACAGUGUAAGCUGCACUGGCUGGGUCACGUCAGCUGAAUGCAGGAUGGCCCCAUUCCAAAAGAUAUCCGCUGUGGUGAGCAGGCUUUCAGGUAAUGUAACCGCUGGCCACCCACAACUGUGCUAUAAGGAUGUCUGCAAGGGGAACAUGAGGUGCUGGAUAUCAACUUUGAGUCCUGGGAAGAACUUGCAGCUGAUUGCACUAAAUGCAGAAGCACCCUGAAACAACACCUUAAGUCAGGUGGACAAAUUCAUGAAAGCAGCAGAAGACAAACAAGCGCAUAGAAAGGAACGCUGCAUCUCCAGCAGGCUGAGACUACUUAUGGAUGAGAGCUUUGCAACAGAGACUGCCGCUCUCGCAUUGAUCUUGCACUGCGCCAAUAACAUUGAUAGCUGGGACAUAACAUCUGUGGUUGACCUCAGCCAGCAUAAGUGGAGGAAGAUUUAAUUUUAGCAUUCUGUAGGGAGUUGAAUAAAUAAACAUCUUUUGAGAAAUAAUUUGCAGUGCUAUGGAGAGAGUGAGACCAGCUCAAUUAUUCUCCUGUGGAGCUAUUACAGACUCAACAGGCUGCAUGGACACCUGCAUUUGCUGUAACUAUUUGAGAUGGAGAACAAUACAUGGAUGUGAUCAGAAGUUCUUUAUCUGUGAUUACUGUUACCAGGAGAAACGAUAUAUGAGAUGACAGGGACAAAAGGUGACUGAGAAUAUCGGUCUGGAAUUUUAUACCAAGGAAGAAGAGAUCAUGGAAGAAUGGAAGAUGAAUUAACUCGCAAAUGCUUUUCAUAUUGUUGGAAUCUUUUACUGUAUUUUAUUUUCCAUGAUUCAUUUCUUGGCUAUCAUUUCCUGAUUAAUAAAAUCUUCUCAAUCCUUACGAUAACUAGAAGACACAAGAGAUUUCAGAUGCUAGAAUCUGGAGCAAAAAAAACAAAAUGCUGGAAGAACUCAGAGGGUUGAGCAGUAUCUGGGAUUGAGAGAGAGGAGAAGUGCCAAUGUUCUGAGUCUCAACAAUCUUUAAUUGCUCUUCCCUUACGGAAUGCUUUUCCCUUUGCAUUUUUAUUUCUUUAAAAUGUAUAUUUCUAGAUGAUUUAUAAAUUUAUAAGUUAUUAAUUCUUAUUUACUGCCCUAUGGAGAAUUUCACCUUUGCUUUCUGUGUCCCAGAUAAUUUUUGGUUUUCUGAAGAAAAAAGAUAUUUGAAGAUCAAGAUAUGCUAUUGUCUUCCGGGCAGUAGUAAUCCUUUUUGUAUGCUUCUAACACAUAGACCACAUUCUUAGCACCUCAAGCCAUGAGCUCUGAAUCAGUUAGCUCCCUAAUGUACCAAGGAACCACCAAAAGAUACAACUUACCGGUUGAACACCUGGAUUACAGCUAUAUAGAAAAAUGCACAGAUGUGAAGUAUCUGGAAAAGAUUUUGAUAGUGUUAAGGUCGGGUGACGAGGGGUAUUAUCCUGAUCUGACAGCAUUUUGUGAAAAAAGAGUUCAAGAGAUGGAUCCCAGAAGUCGAGCCCUUCGUAAAAGCAAUUUACCGGCAACUGCUGCAGACUUCAAUAAAGAAGAGUGGCAGGAAAUUACCACAGAUUUUAAGAAUUGGACAGACAAAAUGAAGAAAAAUGAAAAUGAAGAGAAAUACCAAAAAACAGCGGCUGGAGGUUUUAUUUCAGAAAACUAUGUUCCUGUUCGUGGGAUCAAUGCUUCACUUCUUUCCCACCAGAAUGGCUUUGGGGAAAAGAAAUCAACGGUAAAGAAAAGGAUGGCUCCCAGAGAUUACAGUGAAUGGGACAAAUUUGAUGUGGAGAAAGAAUGUGCCAAAAUUGAUGAAGGCAAGGAAGAAAGUAAAUCUAAAACUAUCUUCAAUGAUUCAAUUUCUGGAAUAGAGAAGAGCAUUGAUACAACAGGCUUGACUGACCAAGAAAAAGUGGUUUUAGCUGAUCGGGAAAAAGACAAGGGGAAUGAAGCUUUCCGAGCUGGGGACUACAAAGAAGCAUUGCUUUACUACACUAGAAGCAUAUCAGUGAUGCCAAAUGUAACCGCAUUUAACAAUCGAGCUCAAGCUGAAAUUAAGCUUCAGGAAUGGAAGAAGGCUCUUGAUGAUGCUGAAAAGGUAUUAGAAUUAGAUCCUGGCAAUUUAAAAGCAUAUCUGCGUCAUGCCACUGUUCACAAACAUUUGGGCAACCAUCAAGAAGCAAUAGAUGAUUUAAAGAAAGUGUUGCAAGCAGAACCAGACAAUUCCAUAGCCAAGAAUUUGCUUCAGGAACUUGAGCGGAAUCUGAAAGACUUGCAACCUCCCAUGAAAACACAGAGGAAAGGGAAAAAGAUAUGUAUUAAAACAAUAGAAGACUCUGAUGAGGAAGAGCAAAGAGAAUGUGCAGACAAAAAUAAAGAUCCUAAUACACCGGUGGGCAGAGAAACAUCAAAGGUAAAUGCUGUCAUGGGGAAUGUUCAGAAAAAAUGUUCACCCACUCGAGAAAGUCAGACUAAAGAGAAGAAAAGUGGCAAUACUGCAGCACAGAAAAACAAUAAAGAUUCUGAUGGUAAUUUAACAGGAUUAAGGGAAACAGAACGAAGUAGACACAAACAUGAAACAAAAAGUGAAAAUGUCAAGAAUAUUUCAGUUUCAGUGCUAAGAGAAGGCCAAGAAUCUCCGAGAACUGACUCCAACCAGAUUCUUUCCCCUGGGUCAAGUUCACAGACAGAGAAAGAAGCGAACAGCCUAGGGGCUCUGCCUUCUGCUGUAUCAAAGCUUAAGAGUGAAGGAAAUGAACUGUUCAAAACUGGACAAUUUGGAGAUGCAGUGAUGAAAUACAGUAAAGCUAUUACAGAGCUUUCUGAAUCAGGGGUGGAUUGCCCAGCAGAAUUCAGCAUCUUGCUAUCAAACCGAGCGGCGUGCUACUUGAAGGAUGGAAAUUGCAGUGAGUGCAUAAAGGAUUGUACAAGGGCAUUGGAGCUGCAGCCAUUUUCUAUAAAGCCACUUUUGCGACGAGCUAUGGCCUACGAUUCCAUAGAGCGAUAUCGACAAGCCUAUGUGGAUUAUAAAACGGUCCUUCUCAUAGAUAAUAGGAUCCAGGUUGCAAAUGACAGUGUCAACAGGAUAACUAAAGCAUUAAUAGAAGAAGAUGGAUCAGAGUGGAGAGAAAAGUUGUCAGCAAUCCCAGUGGUCCCUGUUUCUGCACAGAUCCAUAGAGGGGAAGGCAAUUCUAUAACCACUGUAAUUGGAAACAAGUCUCAAAUUGCCAGUGGGAGCGAAGAUCAAGUUCAAGGCUGCAGCAACGGUACAACACAUCCAGACUUGGGUAAAGAUGUAGAAGAACGUUUUAUGUCCUUAAAGCAGCAAGGGAACAGUUUUGUGAAAAAGACACAGUACAAGGAAGCCAUCACUAAGUAUAGUGAAUGCCUAGAGCUGAAAUCCAAUGAAUGUGCAAUUUACACAAACAGAGCAUUAUGUUAUCUGAAACUUAGUCAAUACAAGGAGGCUGAAGACGAUUGUAACACAGCUCUGCAGGUGGAACCCACCAAUAUAAAAGCAUUGUAUCGAAGGGCUCUGGCUUAUAGAGGAUUGAAAAACUACACCGCCAGUAUCAAAGAUCUCAAUAAAUUACUGGAGCUUGACUCAAAUGUUACUGAGGCACAGAAAUUAUUGCUGGAGGUGUCUGAAAUUCUGGAAAAAUUAGGAAGUGGAGCCUUCUCCAAGACCAGCAGUCAAGAAAAGCAGAGAAAAAAUAUCCAGAUACAGGAGGUUGCUGACAGUGAUGAAGAGGAGAAUGAAGGCAAAACCUCUGCUGAUCAUGAAAGUGUACGCAGUCUCAAUGUUGGACAAGUGGAUCCCAUGGUAACUGAACGUCCAUCAAAUGGACAAGAGAGUUGUGGAAGUUCCCAUUUACCUUCAGAAAAAAAUAUUCAUUUCAAGCCUACAAAUGCAUAUGAAUUUGGCCAAGCCCUGAAUGUGGUGCAAGCUAAGGUAGAUCUUGCUGGAUGCGCAGAACUGCUAAGGAAUGUAGAACCUGAAGAUCUGCCAUCCAUGAUGAGCAAUAAACUGGAAGCUGAUGUGUUCAUUAUGAUUAUUCAGGCUAUGAAGGAGCACCUUUUAGUACAGUAUCCCGGCCUUGUGUAUCGGUAUCUUGUUCAUCUAUGUAAAGCAGAAAGAUUCAAGAUUGCAUCAGUGAUUGCUGGUAAAGAAAGAAAUCAAGUGGAAGAACUCUUUAGCAGUUUGCUACAGAUGAAGAGCACCGAGUUUACCUCUGAAGAUGUACAAAAUCUAGCAAGAAACUAUGAUAUAUAGUACUUUUUUAGGAGUCAUAAUAUUAAUAUAUUAAAAUGCAACUCAGGUAGCUAGAAACUAUGGAACUCUUAUCACUUGCAGCCUCAUCACUUUUAAUCUGUGUUAAUUCUUUAUUGAAUCAAAAGAAAUGACCUAAAUGUCUCUCAGCCAAGUACCUCACCAUACCCCAUUCAAGUAGGUUUCAUUCAUCCACAGGAAUGAGUUGUUGAUUAUUUACUUAAAGGAACAUAGCCAUUUUCAAAGUUGUGGCCUCAUUUCUUGAAUGAACUAGCACAAUGUAUCUAUUCCUCCUGUUGAACAGUUUCAAAUCCCCAUUGUCAAACAAAGAAUAAAGAACAAUUACCUUGUUGUUUAUCAACGCUGUUCUACCUUUCAGUGAUUUAAGUUCAAGUUUCAGAAUAGUUUUAUUAAAAGAGAUUUUUCCUUUGCUUGGUUCUUUAUUAGAAUGAAUGGUUUAUGGUUGUGGAUUGCCUGGUGAAGGCUACUAAUUUAUUCAUACUCAUUGGAAUUAAGCAUACUUGCUAUGAUAAAACCUUGAAUACUGAAUGUAGACUGCAGUAAAUCUGUAGUUAUGUACAGCUGUAGUACAAGCUAUUGCCAGUCUGUGAUAAAACUUACUGCACUACGAUGCACUCUUUCAGUUAAGAUCAAAGACCUGUAAAAAAUAUUUCAGCUUGUAAUGUUAUUGCACUGUGGAAAUAAACUAUACUUGUAUUGAUAACUCUUUUUGCCAAAAAAUUUUCUCAAUAAUUUUGCAAGAUGUUUGCAGAACCUUGACUAAAAAUAUACAAUGAUGCUGACUUGUGUAA